AUGGCCAAUCCAAGCACCACCUCGGCCACGGCUGCUGCUGCCGCCACCACCUCGCAACAGCGUCCAUGGCGUGCCCCGCCCCCGCCGACCAAGCCGUGCCACAACUGCCGCCGCCGCCGUCUGCGCUGCGAUCGCUCCUAUCCCAGCUGCCACAAGUGCUCCUCCACCGGCCAAGACUGUCUUGGAUACGGCAAGCUCUUCAGGUGGGCCGUCCAACCCGUCUCCGUCCGAGGGAAGCGGGCCGAGUCCGACGUCGACGGCGACGGCGAGACGGGGUCCACAUCUGCCGCCUCCCGCUCGUCUUUCUCCCCAGAUGUUUUCUCUUCGUCCUCCUUCUCUUCGUCAUCCUUCUCCUCGUCUACCACGGCAUCCCAGUCUCAGCAGCAGCAGCAGCAACAAAGCCACUACUCACAAUGGAACCUGGCCACCACCGCCACCACCCCCGUCUCUUCGUCCGACCCUGCCUCCCCAGCAGGUGAACUGCCGCUCGUCCGCUCAUGCUCACCCUCACCCUCACGCCCACUCUCACGCUCGCCCUCCCCGCCUGCACCUUGGACACUAGUCGACCCCGUCUUUCAAGAUGCGGAGUACCCCUAUCGCUACUAUCUCUCCUACUUCACAACCCGUGUCUGCAAAGACCUCGUCUCACACGACAUCCCCGAACGUAACCCCUUCCGCGCCCUCAUCCCUUUGACAAAGUCCAGCCCACUACUCCAGCAUAUCAUCGUCGCCGCAUCGGCCGCCCAUCUCUCCAACCUCACCCGUCCGCCCCUCGCUCCGGCCCAGAGAUCCGCUCUCGCCAACGCCAACACCAACACCAACACCGCCGCCGAAGCAUCCCGCCGUGCCCUCCUCGACGCCCUCGUCGCCAAGCAAAAGGCCCUGCGUCUGCUCAACGAGGCCAUCACCAACAUCGAUACCGUGGGCGGCGACGUCGUCCUCGCCGCCGUUCUCUUCUUCAUCAAUGUCGAGCUCAUUGAGUCGGGGAAGCAUGGCUGGAAGGCUCACCUCGAGGGUGCCGGACGCAUCAUGACUUUUCUGUCGCCCGAUGACUCUUCUAGUGAUCCUUUGCGUGAUUAUAUAUUGUCUGAUUGCUUUAUCUACUAUAUCCUCGCAUCUGCCUUCAUGCCCACCGCCCCCGCCCAGUUCUCAUACUUCCAAUCCGCCCAAAUCUCCUCCAUCCUCGAACGGGCCGCUGCCAACAGCUACCUCUGCUGCCCGCCCCAAGUGCUCCAGAUCCUCCUCGACGCUGCCCGCCUCUCCAACAUCCCGACCACCGACGACCACGACUGCGACUGCGACCCCGACGGCUCCGCCCCCCCCUGUGCCGGCGCAGACGCAAUCGCCCAGGGCGCCCUCCGCCUCAUGCAACGCGCCCAAUCGCUCGACCUCGACGCCUGGGCCCAAGACGUCCGCUCCGUGCCCUACCUCCAAAACGUCCCCAUCGAGAGCCGCCUGCACGCCGGGUCAGCCCACCGACUCGCCUCGUGCCUGUACAUCCUGCAGGCCAUCCCCUCGGUCGCCCGCUUCCUGCCCCCGGACGCCGCCGAAACGCUGGAGCGCGACAUCAUGUUCCACCUCUCCAGCAUCCCCGAGGGGGACCCCAACUUCAAGGCCACCACGUGGCCGACUUUCAUUGCCGGCGCCGAGGCGCGGGAUCGCCACCAGCAGGCCUGGGUUAUGAAUCGGCUGCAGAGGUUGGUGCUGAACUGUCCUUGGGGGUUCAUCUACACUGCCAUGGAUGCGUUGCAGGUUAUCUGGGACAUGCAGAGGGGGGAGGGCGAGGAGUCGCGGAGUUGGGUGCAGAUGCUCAAGGACCCCGAUAUGAAUUUCUUGAUCGUGUGA